AUGGCGCGCGGUUUCUCGGUGGGUUUCGACCCACUGGGCCUUGGAGACCUAAGCUCUGGCUCUCUGAGCUCCCUCUCCUCCCGAGGCCACCUGGGCAGCGACACAGGCUCCGCAACGCGAUACCUGCUGAGGAAGCAACAGCGGCUGCUGAAUGGGCCCUCCCGCGGAAUCCGAGCCUCGUCUCCCAUGGGCCGUGUCAUCCUCAUCAACUCCCCCAUCGAAGCCAACAGCGAUGAGAGCGACAUCAUCCACGCAGUCCGGGUGGAGAAGAGUCCGGCGGGGAGGCUGGGCUUCAGCGUGCGUGGCGGCUCUGAGCACGGCCUGGGCAUCUUCGUCAGCAAGGUGGAGGAGGGGAGCAGCGCAGAGCGAGCGGGCCUGUGCGUGGGGGACAAGAUCACGGAGGCGAACGGGCUGAGCCUGGAGAGCACCACCAUGGGCAGCGCCGUGAAGGUCCUGACGGGCAGCAGCCGCCUGCACAUGAUGGUGAGGCGCAUGGGCCGUGUGCCCGGCAUCAAGUUCUCCAAGGAGAAGACCACGUGGGUGGACGUGGUGAACCGGCGGCUGGUGGUGGAGAAGUGCAGCUCCACGCCGUCGGAGAGCAGCUCGGAGGACGGGGUGCGGCGCAUUGUUCACCUCUACACGACCUCCGACGACUUCUGCCUGGGCUUCAACAUCCGCGGGGGCAAGGAGUUCGGCCUGGGCAUCUACGUGUCCAAAGUGGAUCAUGGUGGGCUGGCUGAGGAGAAUGGCAUCAAGGUGGGAGACCAGGUCCUGGCAGCCAACGGGGUCCGGUUCGAUGACAUCAGCCACAGCCAGGCCGUGGAGGUGCUGAAGGGCCAAACGCACAUCAUGCUGACCAUCAAGGAGACCGGCCGGUACCCUGCCUACAAGGAGAUGGUUUCUGAGUACUGUUGGCUGGACCGGCUGAGCAACGGGGUGCUGCAGCAGCUGUCCCAGGCCUCUGAGAGCAGCUCCAGCGUCUCCUCCUACGCCUCCAGCGCCCCCUACAGCUCGGCGGAGGGCUCCAGCUCCCUGCCCUCCGACCGCAUGGACGUCUGCCUGGGGCCCGAGGAGCCGAGCGGCCGAGGCCCAGGCUGGGGGCGAGCAGACACGGCCAUGCAGACGGACCCCGACGUGGGCGGCCGCGUGGAGACCUGGUGCAGCGUGCGGCCCACCGUCAUCCUCAGGGACACGGCCAUCCGCUCCGACGGGCCCUCGCCCUCCCGCCGCGUUGGCUCCGCUCUCUCCGAGUCCCCCAAGACUGCUCUGCUGCUGGCCCUCAGCCGGCCCCGGCCCCCCAUCACACGCUCCCAGAGCCACCUGACCUUGUGGGAGGAGAAGAAGCAGCGGAAGAAGGAGAAGUCGGGGUCCCCUGGGGAGAAGGGGGCCCUGCAACGCUCCAAGACACUGAUGAACCUCUUCUGCAAGGGCGGGCGGCAGGGGCGGCUGGGGGACGGGCGCAGAGAGGCCUGGACGCUGGAGAGAGGGAGCCCGGCCAAGCCCCGCCCGCGCCUGGACGUGGAGAAAGCAGGGGGAGUGGGACCCGUGCAGAAGUUUGUCACCUGGAGGCUGAGACGCGACCGGGAGAGGGGCCGGGCCCUGCUCUCUGCCAGGUCCGGGAGCCCCUCCGGCCAGCUGCCCAACGUGGACGAGCAGGUGCAGGCCUGGGAGAGCCGGCGGCCCCUGAUCCAGGACCUGGCCCGGCGGCUGCUGACGGAUGACGAGGUGCUGGCCGUCACCCGCCACUGCUCCCGGUACGUGCACGAGGGCGGCGUGGAGGACCUGGUGAGGCCCCUGCUGGCCAUCCUGGACAAGCCCGCCAAGCUGCUGCUGCUGCGGGACAUCAGGAGCGUGGUGGCCCCCACGGACCUGGGCCGCUUCGACAGCAUGGUGAUGCCCGUGGAGCUGGAGGCGUUUGAGGCCCUCAAGAGCCGGGCAGUCCGGCCUCCUGCUCUGCGACCAGCCCGGCAAGACACACCACCCAAGCGUCACCUCAUCACCCCUGUGCCUGACAGCCGUGGAGGCUUCUACCUGCUGCCUGCGAACGGCUUCUCUGAGGAGGAAGAGGAUGGGGAGCUGAGGGAGCGGCUGGGGGACCUCCAGGUCUCCCUGGGCACCUCUGCCUCCUGCCACCCCCACAAGGGGAUCCCCCCGCUCCAAGACGUGCCAGUAGACGCCUUUGCUCCACGCCGAGGCACCUGCACACCCCCGCCCCAGCCGCCCCCCGUGGCUCCCCGGCCCCCGAGGCCUAACUGGCUGCUGACAGAGCCCCUCGCCCGAGAAGGCCCUCGCCAGAGCCGGAGCCGGAGCCAGGGCCCGGCCCAGAGCCGCAGCCGCAGCCGCAGCCGCAGCCGCAGCCGCAGCCGGGGCAAGUCCCCUGGACGCAGGCGUUCCCCGUCCCCAGCGCCUAUCCUCACCCCUGGCAUGGCCAACGGGCGCUACCAUAAGCCUCGGAAGGCCAGGCCCCCUCUGCCACAGCCUCUAGACGGGCAGGUGGCCACGGCGAGAGGCAGCCAAGGGCCCAGUGAGAACGGAACUGGCAGGACCGCCGAGCAGGCAGCCACGAAGGCCCCCAGCGGGGAGCUGCGGACAGUCACGCUGUCCAAGAUGAAGCCGUCCUUGGGCAUCAGCAUCUCGGGGGGCAUCGAGUCCAAGGUGCAGCCCAUGGUGAAGAUAGAGAAGAUCUUCCCCGGGGGGGCCGCCUUCCUCAGUGGGGCCCUGCAGGCUGGCUUCGAGCUGGUGGCAGUGGAUGGAGAGAGUCUGGAGCAGGUGACCCACCAGCGAGCCGUGGACACCAUCCGCCGGGCGUAUCGGAACAAAGCUCGGGAGCCCAUGGAGCUUGUGGUCCGGGUCCCCUGGCCUGACCCGCCCCCCUUGCCCUCUGACUCAUCAGCACCCAGCGGUCAGCUCCUUCCUCCAGACCAUUCCCCUGCCCGCUGA